UUAGUUGGAAAUUUUCUUCAUAAAUUCACAGACCUUAGUUCGCGCUUCGACUUAUAUUUUACGAGUAACGAUUAUACAACACAGUAAUAUAAAAGGGAAUCUUACAAAUCGGCGAUUUUCAACGCGAUACGAGUUGUCGUAUUCACUUUUGUCAAAAGAGUAGAUCGCGAGAUCUUAUUUAUUUCAUCUCGAUCGUGGUUCUCGCAUCCUACUGGUAACCGGACCGGACGUAUCUGCCUAUAAAUAAACACGCACGCAGAACUGAACAUGUCUACCACGACGUUCCGUUCGUUCGCCCGUUCAUUUGGGUCGAAAAUUGAAAAACCGGUACGUACACAUUUAGUCAAUGUGUAUGCCUGUUUGACGGUAUCCAUGAUAGCAGCUGCAGUUGGAGCUUAUGUCCAUGUUUUCACAAACUUUCUAAGUGCUGGAUUAUUUACAACUCUGGGUGCUACUGGAUUACUACUAGCACUUAUGUACACACAAGAUAAUGGAAAAAAUCGUUCUCUUAGAAUAAGUUAUUUGAUUGGAUUUACUUUCUUCACUGGCCUUGGAAUUGGUCCGGUUUUAGAAUAUGUUAUCCAUGUGGACCCCAGUAUCAUACCAACAGCAUUUUUGGCAUCUACAUUGGUGUUCACAUCAUUCAGCUUGUCUGCCAUUUUUGCUGAACGUGGAAAAUGGCUCUACCUAGGUGGUACUUUAAUGUCAUUGCUGUCUGUUUUGAUGUGUUUGUCUCUGGCUAAUUUAUUCCUUGGUUCAGAGCUUAUAUUCAAAAGUUAUCUUUACCUCGGUCUUGCGCUUAUGAGUGGUUUUGUUUUGUACGAUACUCAGUUAAUUAUGGAAAAAAGAAGAGCAGGAGACAAGGAUUUCAUUGCUCACUCUGUUGAUCUUUUCGUGGACUUUAUUGGAAUUUUCAGACGGCUGCUUAUUAUUUUAGCACAAAAGGAACAAGGAUCGAAGAAGCGCAAAGACUGAAUGGAAACACAUCCUUUUUUAAAAAAAAUAAUUAUUGUAAUUACCAACUAAAUAUCAACUGUGUACACACUACCAACUAUUUAAAAUUAAAUUUAAGAGUAAAAAUAAUAA